GCCUCAGCUUCAGCUUUAAAACCACAGAGUAAUUCACACAAGAAGAAGCACACAACAGAAAGGAAGUGAAGAAAAAACUAAGAUGAAGAGAUAUGUGGAAUGGUAUCCAAUCUUUGUGAUGUUGUCAAUUGAUUUUGCUUUCGCGAUAAGUAAUAUACUUCUUAAGAAGAUUAUCAUGGAUGGUAUGAACCAUUUGGUCUUCAUCACUUAUCGACAGUCAGUUUCGACUAUAUUUUUAGCCCCUAUUGCUUUUUUUCUUGAAAGAAAUACUAGACCUAAACUCACCUCUCGAAUCUUGUGCUACCUAUUCUUGAGUGCAAUUGUUGGGGCAUCUCUUACACAAUACUUAUUCCUUCUUGGCAUACAAUACACUUCUGCAACUUUUGCAUGUGCCUUUGUCAACAUGGUUCCGGUGAUAACAUUCCUUAUGGCAUUACCUUUCGGGUUAGAGACAAUUAACACAAAAGAUAGAAGUGGAAGAGCCAAAGUGAUUGGUACAUUGAUAUGCCUCGGAGGCGCCUUGUUAUUGACAUUUUACAAAGGCAUUCCUUUAAUCCAUUUUUCAGACCAACAAACUGCAUCUCAAUCAAUGGAAGAGCACAAUAGUUCCUCUAAAAGAAAAGAACGAUGGAUUUUUGGCUCGUUGAUCUUAUUUGCUGGAACGCUUUUGUGGUCCUCGUGGUUCCUUCUUCAAUCAAAUAUUGGAAAGAAAUAUCCAUGUCAAUACUCUAGCACUGUUAUUAUGACCUUCUUCAGCGCCAUACAAUCAGCUAUCUUAACUUUUUCUAUUAAUAGAAGACUUUCCAUUUGGAUUCCAAAGGAAAUGAUCGAUAUGUUGAGUGUCAUUUAUACUGGGUUAAUUGGUUCCGGCUUAUGCUAUGUUGGAAUGUCAUGGUGUGUUAAGAAGAGGGGACCUGUCUUUACUGCAGCAUUCAGUCCUCUAGUUCAAGUUAUGGCAGCGAUGUUAGACGUUCCCUUUCUACACGAGCAACUCAAUCUCGGAAGUGUGAUGGGAUCAGUUAUUGUAAUCGUCGGACUAUACUUUCUACUAUGGGGCAAGACUAAAGAAAUUCAGAAAGUUCCUCAAGAAACUGCAGAGAAAAAGGACAAGGAGCUAAGGUUUCAAGUUCAUGAAUCCAACGAUGAACGCGCGAUUCCUUGAUAUCAACCUCUCUGGAAAUAUUUCUAUAGUUUCUUUGAACUAAGUUUUCUUCCUAAACAUGUAACUAUGAACUAAAUUUUGUUAUAUUUUCAAGAACCAACUUCAAAGAAUCAAGUCUAUACCUUAAUCGGAUGGACAUGAGAGAUUCUUGCCACUGUAAAAGUACCAAGAAAGAAAAAUCUAAGGAUAUGAUGAUAACAUAGAAGAAAGAACUAUAGUAGCAAGUUGUAAUUAUCAUUUUUGAAAAUACAAAUUACAGUAUUCUGCAUU